GUCAGCAGGCGUAUUAGCCUUGCCUUUCCAUAUUCAUCUCAAGCAUUUAGAGCCACACGACAGCUGGGUCUCUUUUUUUUUCCGUACAGUAUCUGGUGUCUUGGGAAAUUUUAAUUUGAAUUCAAGAUGGGCUUCUAUCGGCCGUUAGUGAUUAUUAUCCAUUAUUUUAUAAAUGAUAUUUAAUAUUUAAUUUACAGAGUAUAAGUAAAGAAGAUGCAGGAAAACAGGAGAGAUCAUGACUGUAAAAGGUGGCAACAGCCAAGCCUGUGCAGCCUGCAAACACCAAAGAAGGAAGUGUUCCUCCGACUGCGCCUUGGCGCAGUAUUUCCCGGCCACCCAACCAAAAACAUUCCAGAACGCGCACCGUCUCUUCGGCGUAAGCAACAUCCUUAAAACGCUCAAGAACAUCGACGACGACGACAAGAAGGCGGACGCCAUGAAAUCCAUCAUUUUCGAGGCCAACAUGCGCCACCGCUUCCCCGUUCACGGCUGCGUCGAGUAUAUCUGUUAUCUCCGGCAUCGACUUUCGCAGGCGGAAGAUGAGCUCCGGUGCGUGCGUGGGCAGCUGGAGCGCUGCCGCGAGCAGCUACUGAAAUCUAUGGACUCAAAUGACGAUAAUUGCAGCGACGGCGGUUAUGGUUGGACGGAUGUAUUAUCGUCCGACCGGACGAAUCUGUCGAGUUUGGAUCCUAUUUCCUGUGCAGAAUACAACGACUUAUCAUCGGCGCUCAUAUUUCCGCAUGAAAACUUUCCAGAUUAUUAUGGUCUCAUCCCAGGCGACGAACCUGCAACCAAGGAGGCAUCUAAUUCGAGUUCGGUAUCGUCGUCCCAAACUGAUCUCAGGAAUGCAGCCGCUGAUUUAAUACAGGAGGAUGAUGCUGAUGAUACGCAAGAGAUGCAUGCAUUCUGCAAAGUGUUGUUGAGGAGUCUUUGGAGGCAUUUAUGUUUAAAGCUUGAUCUUGAUUGCAAGUGUUGCUGAGGAGUGUUUGGAGACAUGGUCAAAGCUCAGGAGAGGAUCUAUCACUCUUUCAUUUUGGGAUCAGGUUUUGUCUAUUUUACUUUUCGGAACUGCUUAAUUGCAUGACC